UGAGAAGCCAGCAAUAUCUCUCAUUGAAGACCUCAGUGUGGGCAACAUCGUGUUCCCUACAGCGUGAAUCGACGCCCUUCCCCUCCUGGCCGCGGUGCAAUUCCACUCAGCAUUCGCCAUGGGGAUGGGCGUGAACUUCCUGGACGCAAACAUCCAUCGGCCCGGGGACAGGUUUCACGGCAGUGGUAUUUACACGCCAGAUGGCGCUGCGGUAUACAACUACAAUGACACCAUCGGGACUGGAGGCGGUAAACUCCUUAUUGCAGACAUCGAUAUUAUGGAUAAAGCUGCACGUCGUCCUGUCGAGGACCAACCCAAACCAGACUCGAGGAUGCUCAGCGUGGAUCAGUUUGAGUUUAAGUCCAAUCUUUUCAAUGAUCUGUUAAACUUUGUAUCCCUCCGAGAUCCUCACGCUGACGAAAUCAAGGUCUGCCACAACGCUCUCUGUUGUCACGCUACGUACACGGCCAACCUUAAUGAAGGUGACAUGUAUGCUCUCGGCGCAUUUGAUGGUCUUCACACAUACGAGGGACAAUAUUACCUUCAAAUAUGUACAAUGCUUAAAUGUGCCAAUUCAUCCUAUUCAAGCUGUGGUACACCAACAUUUGAUGGCAGCUCCAUCUUCUCCAACAUUGACAUCCGGGGCACAUUCAGCACACCCUACAUCUUCCCUGAAGUGCUGAUGUCAGACACCGGAAGUCUCGCUUUAGGGCAGACGCAGUUGAGUUUCAAGAACGGAAGUCUCGUCACAAAGAAUCCCCUGGAUCUCCCGUUGUUGUCUGCGACUCUGUUUGGACGGAAGUACAGCUGGGACAACGGUAACGACUACGACAAGGCAUCUGGUUGCUGCGGUCGCGACAGCAUUCAACUAACUAUCUACCUGUCCCUGGUCUUAACACUGUUUCUCAAAUGAAGAUGACACGUAACACCUGAUUGAGGCUUCGAUUCAAGAAUCUUAUCCAAAUCGAACGCUACAUCUCUCCCUAUUGUCGUAAACCAAACCGACGACGUUUGACUUGUUUCAUUGCUAAAGAAUCAUAAAUACAAUGUAAGCGAAUUUGUUUCUUGUUUUUAGACUGAACAUUCUUCUGCUGCAUAAAAUGCAUUUGAUAUGGGAGUGAUACAGUCUGAUUGGUAGUUUGAAAGUUUGUCGAAGUUUGCCUUUGGCUCUAAUGAUCAGCAUAAAUUGAAAUAUUUUGUUCGACUGCAAGUACAGUCAGACUUAAUUCAAACAUUGAAUUAAUUCAAAGUUAUGAAAACGCCUGAG